AUGGACCUACAACUGUUGCCCCAGACUGCCAGCCAGGAUGAGAUUGACGAUGAGCUCGCUUUCAUCGCUGUCAUGACUGAAACUCUGGAUCARGGCGCAGACGACUACCAUGACAGACUGAGGAAUUGUGAGCUUGCCAGAGCACACUGUCACCAGCUUCUGCAAACUCUCCACACAAGACAGCGCCAGCAAGGUCACUUUGCAGGUGAGGCUAURGUUCAUGAUGGUCCAAGUGACCAGCCGCCGCCCGAAAACAUGUGGCAGAUGGCGGGCGGACGACCAGGCAGUAAUCACAGCAGCAACAGCGGUACAUCGUCGUCAAGUCCGUAUGCGCAGGUUGCGAACCAACAAUUUAUCCCUGCAGCGAAUGGGGUGAAGCGACCUCGUCCAGAUUCGGUCCAUGCUGGUUCGUCAGAUUAUGCAAUGAAGCGAGCAACGGCUUCGAAUGGAUCCUUUGAGGCGGUCGACGGUCGUGCGAGAGCGGACGGUCGCGAGAGGGCCCGAGCGAAAACCGCCGCCGUGGAAGCGGACGCCAGAAACCGGCAUGAAAUGCAGCAGGCAGAUGCUAGGCUCGCUGCUGCGCUGGCUGCAGAUCUCAAUCAAUCGCCUUCUGCUUUUGCUUCUUCAUCUCGACCUGCGACCCAGAGCUUUCAGACAACUUUCAACUACAACGGGGGUUACCAACGACCUCCGCCAGCGCAGACGCCGCCCUCAUCCUCGAGACAGCCUCGGCCAUACCAAAUGACCCCGGGCCAUCGAGAACAGCCAAUGCCCACGCCGCUGCGGCAGUCCGCUGCGCCAUCUAUCAAACGAGAGCCGUUCAAGUCAGAGCCUGGCUUUUCGCAGCACCAGAAUGUCUUGCGGAGGCCACAGCAGUCUACUACCACGGUCGUCGAUCUCACAAUUAGUGACAGCGACGAUGAUGACAUCGCUGAGAUUGCUCCGGAUCGCUUCAGACCGAAUAACAUUCGCCAGCAAGCCGUACCGAUAAGACCUUUGCAGAUGCCAGGUGCAUAUCCUACACCGAACAUGGCCAUCGGUGGACGGUACGGCGACGGCAACGCCAUCCCUCAUAACAACCCCGGCUUCCUGCAACAAACAAUCCAUGGAGCUGUCAAUGGUCUGAACUACGCAGUCAGUGGGAUGGGUGGUCAAAUGCAUCAACUUGCGAAUAUGUUGUAUGGCACAAGCAGCGCGCAGCCAUUUGAUCUCUCCGGCGACGACGAUGAUUUGACCUAUGGAGGGGGAGCUCGAGCCCUACCCGGUUAUGCUGGCAAUGAGAAUCUGUACCAACAGCGCUUCGAUGCCAUUGCUGCAUACGACACAACACAAUCCAAGGAAGAGAUCCAAGCUCUUCUGGAGAACAUCCGGCCCGAUGAGGAUAUGCCAGCUCACCUCCGAGUUCAAACGCCAGAAGACAUGUCUGUGCAACUCCACAAGUACCAAGAAUUGGGUUUGACAUGGCUGCAAAAGCAAGAAAGCGGCUCGAACAUGGGAGGCAUCCUUGCCGACGACAUGGGCUUGGGUAAGACGAUCCAAAUGCUGUCCCUGAUGGUCACUCGCAAGUCGGAAGAGCAGCGUUGCAAGACCACUUUGAUCAUCGCGCCUCUUGCAUUGAUGCGGCAGUGGAAACAGGAAAUCAAGGACAAACUCAAGCCUGGUCGAUCCGCGCUCACAGUGUUUACUCAUCACGGAUCUACAAAAGCYAAGGACUGGCAAGAGUUGCGUCAAUACGAUGUUGUUCUUACAACCUUUGGCAGUAUUGGUGUCGAAGUCAAGAAGAUGGAGACGUUCCGAUUGCGGCAAGCGCAGGAUCCCAACGCGCGGCCACACUCGAGUGAGAAGUGCAUCUUUCUGGAUCCUGAUGCCCGCUGGUACAGAGUCAUUCUUGACGAAGCUCAGUGCAUCAAAAACAGGAAUACGCAAACUGCCAAGGGAGCAUGCAUGAUCAAUGCAAAGUACCGUUGGUGUGUAACGGGAACUCCGAUGAUGAAUAACAUCGAGGAGCUGUACUCCCUUGUCCGCUUCCUGCGUAUAAAACCAUACUGCGUGUGGGACAAAUUUCGAAUCGACUUCAAAACGCCCAUGAAGUCCGGAAGCGACGAGACCAAAGGACAAGCGAUGCAGCGAUUGCAAGCACUGUGCAAGGCGGUCAUGUUGCGCCGCACAAAGAAGAGCACCUUCGAAGGCAAGCCAAUAUUGGUGCUCCCCGAGCGCUUGACCACGGUGGACAACCCCGUGUUUGGCGAAGAUGAAAAGAACUUCUACGAUGCCAUCGAGCAGCAAACUCAACUUCAGUUCAACAAGUAUCUCAAGAGGGGUACUGUCGGCACCAACUACUCUGCCAUAUUGGUCUUGCUGCUGCGUCUUCGGCAGGCAUGCUGCCACCCGCAUCUCAUCAAAGACUUUGGCGUAUCUGCUGCCGCCGACAUGACUGAAGAUCAGAUGCUGGAGUUUGCUCGUAUGCUCGAGCCAGCAGUUGUUGCACGCAUCAGAGAGUCCGGUGGUAACUUCGAAUGUCCGGUAUGCUACGAUGUGACGCCAAACCCCGCAAUAUUUGUGCCUUGCGGACAUGAUACUUGCUCCGAGUGCUUCACUCGUCUUGCUGACCCUGCCAACGCCAUCCAGCAUGGUGAUGAGGCGGGUGGCAUCAGAUGCCCGAAUUGCCGUGGAGGAAUCGAUCCCAAGCGUUUGACCGAUUUCACCAGCUUCAAGAAGGUCCACAUGCCGGAGUUGCUCAACGAAGGAGAGCGCGCCGGUGAUGCAGAGGAAGACAGCGAUGCCGAGGACGAUGAUACGCCUGACUCUGAUACGAGCGCUGAUGACAGCAGCUCCGGUGGCGAGUCAGACGCCGAGUCAGACGAUGAAGACGAUACGCUCGGUGGUUUCGUUGUUAAUGAUGAUGAUGAUGUCGAAUUCGAGUCGGACAAUACCGAUGCUGAUUCCAACGCUGUUAAAGGCGAGAGAACCGAAGUCAAGAUCAAGGCUGAGCGAGCUACCGCUGGGUCUUCUGACGCUGCCGGAAAGCAACCCAAGGUCAAGAAAGAAAAGAAAAACCAGAAGAAGAAGCGAUCGAAGAAGGGCAAGGGCAAGCAGAAGCAGAAGACAGAAAAGAAGGUUGCAAAGGGGACUUCUCUCGCAGAUUUGAAGAAGCUGGCAACGCGAAACAAGGCCGCCAAGAAGCAGUAUCUGCGCCGUCUUCGCAAGGGUUGGAUCAGUUCUGCCAAGAUCGACAAGACGAUGGAGAUUCUGACUGAGGUGAUGUCGGGUGAGAAGGGUGAGAAGGUUUUGAUCUUCAGCCAAUGGACGUCCCUUCUGGACCUUCUCGAGAUCCCUAUUGAUAACGAGGGAUUCGGCUAUCGUCGAUACGAUGGUUCCAUGAGCCYGGACAUGCGUGGGGAAGCCGUGGACGAUUUCAAGGACCCGCGCAAGGAUGUUCGCAUUAUGCUCGUCUCUUUGAAGGCCGGCAACGCUGGACUGAACCUGAAUGUGGCUAGCCAGGUCAUCAUUCUCGAUCCAUUCUGGAAUCCCUACAUUGAGGAGCAGGCCGUUGACCGCGCGCAUCGCAUUGGUCAACAGAAUGAAGUGACMGUGCAUCGUGUGCUCAUCGCGGAGACCGUUGAGGACCGCAUCAUCGCGCUGCAGGAGAAGAAGCGCGCUCUGAUCUCGGAGGCGCUUGACGAGAAAUCUGGACACAACAUUGCGAGACUCGGCGUGCAGGAGCUCGCCUAUCUUUUCGGUGUGACACAUGACCCAUCGCAGCGCAUCAACUACACUGCGGCUCGUCGCUAG